AUGGAAGUUCUGACAUUGGAAAAUGUGUACUACAGCCGAAAGGAAGGGCUGCAGAGAGCAGUAGUGAAGAUGGCGUCCUCUGGAAUAGGUGUAAAGAUAGAAGGGGUUUCUGAGAUUAUCACAAUACCAGCAGAUGCGAUAAAAGAAAUCAUAGAGCACUAUGGAGUGGUAUCCCACACAAUAAAGAUACUUAUUCAGGGCGGAAAUAUGCACAUUGUAGAUGGGGUGACGGCAGAGCACGUGGAGAACAUCAAGCAGUAUGUGAAGAAGCACUACAAGCUGAACAUUUACCACAAAGCGCUCUGUGUGGAAGGGAAUGUGCAUGGCCAGGUUGAGGUGCAGGACAUGGCAGUUGGCUUCAAAGUUCAGAACAAGUCAAUCUUUGAUGUGCCGCUGGAAGCCAUUUCAAAUGCCUAUGAGCGAAAGGGGGAGGGCAUUAUAGACAUAAAAGAAACGUACUUUGGGGUUUCUGAGAUUCGGUUUGGAUGCCUGAAGGAGGAAAGCAAUGUGGCUCAGCUGGUUGACCUCAUUAAAAGCACCACCUCUGGAUCGAACCAGCUGGAGAUUUUCUCAAUUGACGAAGUCACCUCCAUCCUACCAAGAGGAAAGUACAAAAUUACGCUUACAGCAGGAGGUAUGCACCUGAUUGGGAAAAGAUACAGCCACCAGAUCCAGUUUAACGCGAUAUCCCGGAUGUUCUAUCUGGAGCGAAGCACAGAGGAGGGUGUGGACGAAAUGUCGUAUCUUAUCUUUGAGCUGAGCACGCCUGUGCGGCAGGGGCAGACGCGGUACCACUUUGUGAACCUGCUGAUAUCAGAAGAGAAGGUAAAGAUGGUCGUUGGGAAAAACACUGUGAUACAGAGUCCAGAGGAGGAGGCAGAGCUGCCAAUUGAUGAGGAGGAAAAGAAGAGAAUUGAGGAUGCAGGGAUCAGCUAUGUUCAAGAAGGCAGUCUUUCUGAGUGCGUUGUAAAUAUGGUUGAGAAGCUCUCUGGGAUUGCUGCAAUGCACACAGGCUCAUUCUCUAUGUCCACGGGUGGAAAGGCGCUGAGAUGCUCUCUCAAGGCAAAUGAGGGGUAUCUUUAUCCGCUUAAGAAAGGUUUCCUAUUUGUUCCGCAGAUUGUGUAUAUUGAGUACGACCUUAUUAAGACUGUUGAGUUUAGCAGAGUGAAUCUGAGCUCAAGAACAGCAAAAACCUUUGAUGUGCGUGUUAUUAUGAAGGACAAGAAGGAAUACAUGUUUAAUGGAAUCCAGAAGGUUGAGUACAAUGCGCUUGAAACCUAUCUUGCAAAGAAGGAGAUAAGCUGCCUGAAUGAGGUAUUGAACGAGGUGUGGGCAGCGGCACCCUCUGAUGAGGACGAGGACGAAGAAACAGCCAGCGACACCACAAGCGGAGAUCUUUCGGAGGAAACAGACGAGACCGAACAGAAUGAAUCUGCAGUGCCUGAAGAGUCUGGCUCAGAGUCUGGUUAA